AUGGAACUCAUUGAGAAGGUUGGCCUUAUGAAGACUGUUGUACAAGAAGGUAGAUGCUUUGAGAGACUUGUGAAGGAGUUUGUGGUAAAUCUGUCUGUGGAAGUGGGACUUCCUGAGAGUGAUGAGUACAUAAAGGUGUAUGUCAGGGCAAAACGUGUGAAGUUUUCUCCUGAUGUGAUCAAUAAAGCACUUGGAAUAAGUGCUGAUGCAGUUGUUGCUGAAGAACAAUCCUUGGAUGUGAUUACCAAGGAACUUACUGCUGGGAAGGUUCAGAAAUGGCCAAAGAACAAGUUGUUGUCCAUUGGGAAUCUCAGUGUGAAAUAUGCAAUCCUGAACAGGAUUGGUGCUGUGAAUUGGGUCCCUACCCAACAUACUUCUCCUAUCUCUGCUACUCUUUCUAGGUUAAUUUACAAGAUUGGUACUAUGGUUCCUAUUGACUUUGGCACUUUUGUUUUUGAACAGACCUUGAAGCAUGAAGAAACAUGUGCUGUGAAACUGCCUAUCUCUUUUCCAUCUCUUAUCAAAGAGAUCAUUCUGCAACAGCAUCCAAAGAUAGUCAGGAAUUAUGAAGAGGCUAUGCCCAAGGGUGCUUCUAUCACCUUGGAUCAUCGUUUGUUUUCUGGACCUCAUGUCCCAGACAUUGCUGUUUCAUCUAGAAGGACAUGUGCUUCUGCUCCAGUGACUAAGUCUGGAAGGAAGGCUAUUAUUGAUGAAUUGCAAGCAGCUUCCAAGGCUCUUCAGGAGACUAUUAAAGUGAGCACUGCAAGGAAACUCAAAGUGGAUGAGAUGCUGCUUAAGCUUCAAGAGGAAGAAGGCCAAGACGGUGAGCCAAGUUCUACUGCUGUUACUGCACAUGCAAGCACUGAUGAAGAUGAAGGAUCUGAUGAGAGUGGAUAA